UGCACAGACAGACUGUGCGAUUUUAAUAUGCCUCCUUUUGGGGGCAUAAUUAAUUACAACCAAACAUUUCAUUAUAAUUUCAAUUAUUUGGCAAAAAAACAAUACAUUUGCUUGAGAUAUUUUAAUAAUUAUGAUUCGUUUAAAUAGCUCAGAUUUCAUCAAGUUGUAGAUAACUUGGUAUACACUGAGACAGUAUUUCUUGCAUAUUUGAUGCACAUUAUUUACACAUGAUGCAGCAAAAUUCAAAGCAUGCAAUUUCCUUGACACAAGUUCAUUAUUCAGUGAAAGGUGUCAUUGUUUGUUAAUCUCCAACAAUAACAGCCAAAAGGCCCAUCACGAGUUAACUUUAAUUGAUCAAAAGAAGUUGUUACUGAAAACAUUAAAUCUCAAGACAGUGUUGCUUGACUGACAAAUGAGAUGUCUGCUUACAAAAUAUAAUCACUUCAGCAUAAAAUCAUGAUUAAGAUUAUGUUUUAUUUUAAAACUGACAUCAUUCUUGGCUUGUUUAAACAUUAUAAGUUAAAAAAUUGUGGAUUUGUAUAUUAUAGUCAUCAUACUAUACCUUUAUCUUUCUUUCAGGGAGUUUGUUGAACAAGAUUUGCUUGAUUUUACACAACAAAAUCCUGGAAUUGUAGUUUACAUAAAGCCAAGAAGACAUAGAACUCCCAUGCUUAGGGCAGAAUAUUUAAAUGGUUACAAAGAAGAUGUUACACUACGGAAAUGUAGUAAGGAGGAAAUAUCCCAGUGGAUUGGUUUAAUGAAAGGCAGAUCUGGAGGUCAGAUAAUGAGACUACGUAAAGAAUGGCAUACUGACACUCCAUCCAUUCAAGGUGUGUGGCAUCCUUUCUUGUUCAAGGACACGAAACUCAAUAUAACUGACAUUAAAGAUAAAA